UAGUAUAUCCUUAUUACAAGAUACAAAAUAUACACGGCAAGUAAAGUUUAUCGCGAUUUUGAAGUAGAGAACUAAUCCUGGCCUUUUCAAAAGUGUAGAGGAGAUGCGCUUGUAUGAAGGAAAGGCGUAGUUCCCCGCACUCCCAGCCCUCCACUUCGCCAGCUGCACAGUACUGUACCAACCAAUCGAUCCUGUGGAACAGCAUAUUUUGAUUGACCUCGCUUAGAGCAAUUGUAGCCACCUACCCAUCCAAUAGUGCUUACAUACCUGUAGGUACUUACCUAAUUCACGGGACACAGCAGAAGCAUGCAGGCUGAUGACAAAGAGCCGCACACUUAGUAAUCAGAUGGAUAAGAUAAGAUGGGCCAAUGAGAUCGAGGAAUUGAGUUCGAAUGGGGCCGAAUUAGAGAGGGGAAGGGGAGGGCAUAAAGCAGCUUAACCCUUGGUACUUCGGUCUUCUUUCCUCGAUAACUCUUCAUCCCCUCUGCUCCAGCCCAUGAAGAGAGCUGAACCAAGUUUCAAGUGCCUUCAAUCUCUUCAAGAAACCCAUCCUUUAUCAUCCAAUCUCGACAAUGACAGCCACCAACAAAGCAGCCUGGAUCCUUUCGAAAGGCGCCACCCCCACCGUAGGUGAGGCGGAUAUUCCCGUGCCAAGUGUCGGGGAGCUGGUUCUUGAGAAUAAAGCAUUCCCUCUCCAUCCGGGAGAUUGGAAGGUUCUGAAGGGGAUUAUCCCUAUUGAGUUGAAGUAUCCGACUGUCAUUGGGAAUUACGCAGCGGGUGUGGUGCACUCAGUUGGUCCGGAAGUCACACGCUUCAAGCCGGGUGAUCGCGUACUGAGCGUCACCUGCUUCUCGUUGCUUAAUGACUAUCGGUAUGGCGCGUAUCAGCGUUUUGUGUUGAGUGGCGAGGAAAUGACUUCUCAUAUUCCUGACACGCUCCCCUUUCCGGAAGCUACGAGCGCUUCGCAGAUUUAUGCCUCCAUGUCGGCUAUGGUCCUUCAUCUGGGUUUGGAUAGACCUUCUGCUGCACCGAACCCGACGAAUAAAGAUAAGAAAGUCUUGAUCUGGGGAGGGGGUUCGAGUUUUGGAUUCUUUGCUGUACAGAUUGCUGUGCGGGCUGGCUACACAGUCCACACAACCGCCUCCCCCACAUCCGAAUCCACGCUCCUCUCCCUCGGCGCAUCCACAGUCCACCCUUACACCUCCCCAACCCUCCACAACGACCUCCUAUCCCACGGACCCUACCACUCCAUCUUCGCUGCCCAAGACGACGCCCCCUCUCAACUCCUCAUCGCCAAACUCCUCGCCGCUCAAGGCGGUGGCUCAUUCAUUUCUACCAUGGGCCCGCGACCCCAACCUGAUGAUGUCACCUGGCCAGAAAACGUCAAGGUGGAGUUCGUGCAGUACAUGGAUGAUUAUUUCAAAGCUGAGAAUGAGGAGUUCAAGAAUUGGGUGUUUGGUGAGUAUAUUGAGAAGGGAUUGAAAGAGCGAAAUUUGAAGUUGGGAGAGGUGGAGGUUGUGGGUGGGUUGGGGAGUGUGAAAGGGGCGUUGGAGAGGUUGGAAGGUGGUGGGGUGAGGGGGAGGAAGUUAGUCGUUAGGGCGGAUUGGGAUUGAUAUUGAAUUGGCGAAACUAUAACUGAAUGAAAGAUUUCAGAAUUGGGUUUUGGCAUACAGAUCAUAUAGCUUUCAGGGUGAGACGAGACUAUGGAAUGUUGGAGAAUUCAUGAUUACUGCCCUUUGUUGACUUUCGCUUAGCUCGUUUCCCAGUGUUAGGAAAUCCUGUUUCAUGACCUUGCC